AUGCCAUCACCCAUUCCUCUUAAUUGUUUUCUUCCUUUGGAGUUUUCCCCCUCUGCAGAUUUGCGACCCUGCAGCAGCCCCUUAGUUAUCCCUGGCAAAGACAGCAAAAACUUCUUGGGGGGAGCUCCUUCAGUCAGGACUCGCCGCUUGCCUCCACGCCUGGCCUGGUGCUGCAUCGACUGGGAUCAGCUCUGCCUCCUGCAGCCCCUAGGCUCCGGGGGCUUCGGUUCGGUCUACAAAGCCACCUACCAUGGUACCACUGUGGCUGUGAAGCAGGUGAAGAAGAGCAGCAAAAACCGGCUGGCGUCACGACAGAGCUUCUGGGCCGAGUUGAACGUAGCCCGGCUACAGCACGAUAACGUGGUACGUGUGGUGGCUGCCAGCACGUGUGCCCCGGCCAGCCAGAACAGCCUGGGCACCAUCAUUAUGGAGUACGUGGGCCACAUCACCCUGCACCAUGUAAUUUAUGGCACUGGCGAUGCGUGGAGACAGGGCGAGGAUGACGAAGGAGGAUGCGGAAGGAAGGCCCUGAGCAUGGAAGAGACCGUGUGCUAUUCUUGUGACAUCGUGACCGGCUUAGCCUUUCUUCACUCGCAAGGCAUCGUGCACUUGGACCUGAAGCCUGCGAACGUCUUCAUCACUGAGCAGGGAGUGUGCAAGAUCGGGGACUUCGGGUGCUCUCACAAACUGGAGGAGGGCUUGUCCCAGAGCCCCCACGUUUGCCAGCAAGGGGGCACGUACACACACCGUGCCCCCGAGCUCCUCAAGGGGGAGAGGGUCACUGCCAAAGCAGACAUCUACUCCUUUGCUGUCACCCUCUGGCAAAUCGUCAUGCGAGAGCAGCCCUACCUGGGUGAGCGGCAGCACGUGCUCUAUGCCGUGGUAGCCUAUAACUUACGCCCUUCGCUGGCUGCUGCCGUUUUCCACGAGUCACCGGUGGGCCGGAGGCUCCAGAGCAUUAUUAGCUGCUGCUGGAAGGCUAAUGUAGAGGAGCGCCUGAGCGCAGCCCAGCUGCUUCCCAGCCUCAGGGCCCUCAGGGCGAGCCUCUAG